UAUGACGUCACAGGCGCGAGCCGCGCUCCCGUGUUUGUGGUUCGGCUGGAGAAAGCUCCUGGGGAAGCAAGAGAGACGUGGCGAGAUGGCGUUUGUUAAAGAGGAGAGUAAAGACGUGAUCAUUGAGGAGGUUUUCUUUGUGAAGAAUGAAGAUGCUGAGCAGCAGACAGGAGCUCCAAUGUGUGCUCCUGCUAAACUGCGCAUCAUCCUUCAUGAUCACGACAUCCGAAAACUGUGCCUUCCUCACGGGAUUCCUGCGACCGUGAGCGAGCUGGAGGACGUCAUAAUGAAGACAUUCGGCCUCGACGGGAACUUCACUCUUCAUUAUAAAGACAUGGAUUUCGGAGAGGAGUAUUUCUCCCUGACCUCAACCAGUGACAUUAAGGACAAGGACACCAUUAAGGUGAUUCACCUGGUGGAUCCUCCAGCCAUCACUCUCAACUUUGGGGAAGUGGACCAUUCCUUUAAAAGCGCAUCACAUUCCUCCAUGCAGAGCUUAGGAAGCUCAGCCUUUCCUUCUCUGAGCUCCUUCAGUGGCAGUGAUAUGGGCUCCUGCUCUGGACUGCAGGACUCUCUGAGCGCUUCGUCUCCAGAACACAAGCCUUCGCAGCGGUCACAGCGCUGGCCGACUGAGUUCCCAGUACCGCGCUUUGCCUUCGACACAGAACUCGUGCUUGCUUCUGGAAGUGAAGCGUUCAAGAAGGACGGCAUUCAGCUCAACUUCACCUCCAUCCUUCCAGACAUCCUGGAGAAACUAGCUGAGAACAUCUUCCAGUACGUGGCCUAUCCCACCAGCGCUCAGCUGAAUGAAGUCGUGGAGGCGCUGCUCCAGAAAUAUCCCUGUCUUAAAGAACCAGGCUCCUAUAACGGGUCCUACGGAUGGAGACAGCGGCUGAAGUACAAAAUGGGAAACUACAGGUCGAAACUGCGAGGUCUGGGAUGCCCGGAGCUGGACAUUAACUCUGUCCGGAGGAAGCGAGCGUUUGAGAAAGCGCCCGCUAAAAACAUCAAGAAGCCCAGGAAGAUGGAGGUGAACUUCUUACCGCCGCACCAGCCCGGAGAGACCGAGGAAAGUCUGGAGCUGGAGCGACUGGAGAUUCUUCAUGAGCUGAAGCACGGCAGCAACUACAUGAUCAUCAGAGAAAAGAUGGAGAAGACCUUUUCCAUUCGCAGACAAGAAGUGGUCAGUCAAGCUCUUCCAGUCAGUGAGCUGACAGAGCGAUGGCCUGCGCUGUUCAAUGCAGAUCAGAUUAAUGAAGAGUUCAGAAGGAUCACCACUAUUAACCUGGAGGUCACGUUCAUGACUUAUCUGGACCUGUACUCCCCGAAGAUCAUGUCCAUGGUGCUUUCCAAAGUGGGCUCUGUGAAAAUGAACAUCCAGCGAAUUAGGAACAUGCUGCUCGAGGAUUUCUCAGUGGAAAGAAGACGAGAAGCUGCUCUCCGCUCAUUAGUGGUGUGUCUCAGAGAAAACGAGGACGACCUCUUUAAAGAGCACAUGGAGGGUGGAGAUAUCCCCAAUGAAGCGAUGAAGAUUCUGAUCACCAGAGGACCUCUGGUGUCUGAUCCAGCCCGGGCCAGCAUAGUGAUCGAGGGAAGAGAAGUGCAGAGGGAUCUGGACGUGCCCAGAGCCUGUGCGCUGCUGAUGGGGCUCAUAUACGCACUCAACCUCAGCUACCCCAAAGGACUCAAAAGCACUUUCGAGGCUUUCCAAAAGAUCUUCCUGGAGCUAGACGAUCUGAAGUCUAGCCCUAAGGUCAUGACUCUAAAAAACAAGCUGCUGUUCUAGAACUGUAUAUGAACAGAAGACGCUGUUGUCCAGCACGGAUGUAUAGGUACAUGGUGUUCUAUGUAAAUAUUUUCUAUAUCAAACAUUACAGAAGCUGUACUGUUGCCACUUUGUAGUUUAUUUGCUCCUUUCGCUGAAAUGAAUGCCGUUAAAAACAGAGCAAGCAAGACUGUUAAAAUCUCCUGCGUUUGUUUAAUAGGUUGACCCAUUAAAUUGCCCAUUAAGUGUU